AUGAUGACGUCGCUGCAACUGGAGACGUCAUUGCCGUUGGAGAAGGACAACGGGCCCGUGGAGGAUACGGAAACCACCACCCACACGGCAUCCACAACUCCCACACGCAUUCCACAUCCUUCGGUGGCCCAUUUCCGGCGUUCCGCCUCUCUGCGCCUGCGCGGGAACCCCUCAUCGGAGCUGGGUUUACGACCUGAACACUGGCCAGCCGGCGGAGGCGGAUUCAGUUCGCGCGCCAAGCUCACGGCGAUCCCAUCCGGCCAGAAAUCGCGUUCGCAACCGGUCCAUUUGAGGCGUAAUCGCAGCUGGAGCAAUUUAGGCCACAAAACGGAGCAGGAACCGGAAGUGGAGGUUUCGAAGGCGGCGGAUUCGGAAUCCUCUGUAAGCCAUGCCCUAUGCAACGCCACUCAAAUUCUUUCCCUGGCUGAAGACGAGUUGGAAGGUCCGAAAGUGACGAACAGCAAUAUGGCCAACGGAAAACCGCGAAAUCUGUCUCUCAAGUUGAACGGCGGCAGUGACAUCAGCAGCAGCAGCAGUGGCACCUCCUGCAUGAAGGAGUCCUCGCCCAGGACACCCCAAACGCCGGCAACUGGAGGAAAAGCACCAGGAUUAGGAUCUGCAGAAGAGACAUCACCACCAUCCCACACCUGCAUUCGCCAGGGAAACUGCGUCAAGGCCGCCAAGGGGAAGCUAUCCACCCUUCACGAGUCCAAGAUUUCACCAAGAACGCCCCCAGUCACUCCGGAUUCACCUAGUACCUAUCUGGACGAUGAUCUAGACUCCAUGUACUCCUUUGCCACCACCACCUCGGGUCGCUCCACCAUGUCCUGCGAGCAUCCCUAUGUGGCCAGAAACGGCACCACUUUCAGUGGCCGCAAGAUGAAGUACGUGGUGCACUGCUCCAACUACGCGGGUCAGGUGGGAUCGGACUAUCUCACGCCGACGCAGCGGGCACAGCGGCAGAUCCGGCGGCUCAAGGAACUGCUGUGCAUUGCCCGGCAGGAUCUCGAGCAGAAGGAUACGGAGAUACUGCGCCUCACCCGCGAGGUUGUGGAGCUGCGACUGUUCAAGGCAUCGCUCAGUUCGCCCGAGGAGCGAUCCGCUUCGUCGGAUGCGGUGACUGUACGGGAGGCGGAGCUGAAGACCUCGCAGGAUGUGUCGCCCAUCGUGGACAUGGUGGACGAGGGCAAUGCCAAGGGCAGUCCAAGGCAUCUCAGCCGGCAGCAUGUGAAUCACUCGCAACUGCAGGCCAUGCAGAUGUCGGCGGAGAUGCAGAGCUCCUACGCGGACUCCGGUCACUUUGAGGACCUCACCAUGUCCUCCGUGCACUCGAAGGACUCGCAGACGCAGAGCGAGGCUUGCGGAAGCUCCACUCCGGAUGGCGAACAGGAGGCGUUGGCUUGUGGAGGCGCCGGUGGCGAUGUGGCCAGCAAUCUGGAGAACUACGAGCUGCAGCGGCAGGAACUGAUACGCAUGUACGAGCAUCGCAUCGAGGAGCUCAUCCGGAGUCAGGAUAACGCCACCAGCGAUCUUAAGCGGUCGCAUAAUGACAAGGUGGAGGCACUGCUCCAGAAGCUGGCCGAGUGCAACACCCGCUACUCGGACAUGGUGCCCGACUACGAGCAGGCCAAGCAGCGCAUCCGGGAGCUGGAGAGGCAGCUGGAGGAUCUGCAGCGCAAGCUGGUCGAGCACGAGGAGAAGCAGAACAAGAUGUACCUGCACAUGUACCAGCAGGGCCAGGAGGCGGAACGCAUUUCUAGAGCGGAUCAGGCCCUGGACUUAGCACAGCGUCAGCCGGAGAGCAAGGUGUCCAUUAAUGAGCUGCUCCACCAGCUGCAGAGCACGCAGGACGAAUUGGAGAACAUACGCGCAUCUGAGUGCAGAAUGAGAGAGUGCGGCAGUAAUAAUGCUCUCCUUACUGCAAAAGAGGCGAUUUCUUUGUGGGUACUUGGCGCGCGUAAGACCAUUUACCGUCGCCUGCUGGAGGCCCAGAAGAAUCGCACCCAUGUGGAUCCCGAGGUUACGCUGCAAUUCCUGAAGAGCGCUAUCUUCUACUUCCUGACGGACAAGGAGAACUCGCAGGGCCAUCUGCAGGCCAUCGAGAGCAUCCUGGAGUUCACGGACGCCGAGAAGCAGAAGAUCAGCGCCGCCAACCGAACGCCAAAAUUGAAAGCAAAAGUCAGCAGAACGAUGUCGAAAAUUUUGGUUCGCGCAAAAUUGCAUUGUUCUCAAUAUUGGUCGUUAUGAUUAGCUGGCGAUUUUAAUUGCAAUUUUAUUUAGGUCUCGGAAUAAUUUUGUUAAAUUAUGAUGGCGCCGAUGUUUUCUUUCUUUGGCAACGAAGUGUAUAAAUUUUCCUAUAAGUUAAUUUUGAAUUACGUAUUUAAUCGGUCUAAGGCUUAAGGCAUACUAGUACGUCCUUUAUAAUAUUACGAAAAUCUUAAGAGAAAUAUAAUUUUACAAAGUCUACGUAGUUUUUGUAGAACUAGAUAAUCAAGUGAGAAUAACACCAGCAAGUUUUGGUCGUUUCUGUGGAGUUUUAAUGGCAAAUAAAUAAAAAGGAAAAAUAA